UGCUUAUGGGGUAGGAACAUCGUAGAGUUGAACGCAAAGUUGGUGUCAAAAGCUGGCCUUGUUCGGGAAAAGAUGGGAGCCUCUCUGUGCGGUGCGUGAAAUUCAGUGAAAAUCAGUGGAAAUCCGUGAAAAAUUGUGAAAAUCUUUCUCGGAAAACGCGUGAGAGGUGAGAGUGUGAUCAAAGUGACGCGGAAAGACGAGAGGAAAAGCCAUGGAAUAGGAAAUCAGAGGCUGAAAAAAGUAAGACAAUAAAAGAGUGCAAAGUGCUGUGUAUGUGCUAGUGCACGGGAUAGAGUUGUGGCUAAAUAUAGGUGGAUAUAGAAAAGAGAGUUUAUUUUCCCUUGUGGUGUGUGUACGACAAAAGUGAUUGAAAAAUCAUGGAUCUGAAUCUGGAGCAUCCCGUUGGAACAGCCAUGGGCAGUUUAUUUCAGCUGAUAAUUGCUGAUUUGAAGAAUUCAACACCACUCUGGGAGGAUUUGGUGAUGAAAGCCAGUAAACUACACAUGUGCUUGAGAUCAGCCAUCCAGGCGAUUUCAACGUAUUUGGAUGCAUUUCAGAAGAUUGCAGAUGCAGCCACAAAUUCGAAAGGUGGAUCGAAGGAGAUUGGCACGGCACUCACGCGUGUCUGCUUGCGGCAUAAAGCUGUUGAGACGAAGAUGAAAUCCUUCACGGCUGCAAUUAUGGAUUGCCUUAUAGCACCAUUGCAGGAGAAAAUUGAGGAGUGGAAGCGCCAAGUGGCGAUCAUUGACAAAGAUCACACCAAAGAAUACAAACGGUGCCGGGCGGAGCUCAAAAAGCGCUCCACGGACACGCUGAGGUUGCAAAAGAAGGCACGCAAAGGGCAAUCGGAUACGAUGCAGAGUCUCGUGAACUCCUCCCUGCACGACAUGACACAGCGUCGCGCUGAGCUUGAGGAGAUUGAAAAGAAGAGCCUCCGGAUAGCAAUGGUGGAGGAGCGUGAGCGCUACUGCACAUUUGUGAAUUUCCUCCAGCCCGUUGUGAAGGAGGAAUAUGAGGUGAUGUACGAAUUGAGUCACCUCCAGGAGGCGAUGGAUGCCAUUGUGAAUGUGACAAAGGACCCAAAUGUCCUUCCACCAUCAUCCGAGGAAAUUAUCCUCGCAACAAAGUCCACAAUGAAUUUAUAUCCCGAAUCACCGGGGGCAGCAAGUGGUGGUGGUGGCAGCUCACAGGGUGGAUGCUCAGCCUCUCUUGGGUCCCGCAAGAGUUCAGUGUGCUCAAUAAAUUCACUCAACAGUAGCGGAUCGGCGGGAUCGCAACACCAAAGAUCUCUAUCGCAAUUAAUAUCGCCUGCAAUCCGCUUGAAGCUCGCUGAAUCAAAUGAUAGUGGAUUUUGUUCCUCACAGACUUCAACUGCUAGUCAAUCUCACAUAAUGUCAACUUGGCCACCAAAUUCCCAAGAUCCGGCCGUUUCUGCCGUCGAUCGUCCCCAUACGAUCUCAUCCACUUAUGAACGCGGUCAUCAACGUCCCGCGCUCACAGUUUAUACGUUCCAGAAUCCAGAAGUGAAGGCUGAACCUCCAAAGUCCACCAAUUCCAUCCGUCCUCCUCUCCCAAUACGUUGUUCAUCGCUUGAGAGGAGUUCAACGGUUAAAGUGAAGCCACCGUCAUCACUGCCAGCGCAUGUUACAAAAGACUACCCUCAGAUGCAACCUACGUAUGUCAAUAUGACCGAACUAGCCUCCAUGGCAGCGUCAAAAUUGUCCAGCACACUCGUCCAGCAGAAGCACAAUACGGCGGUUGCAGUAUUGCCCAAAGAAGUGGUGCAGCAGCUGUCAUCGCCGGAUAUCAAUGAAUCCUCAAGUUCCACGGCAACACCACAGAAUGCAUCGCCUGUGUCUGCUGCGGAUGUUACAGUGACGCCCACAAAGGGUGAUGAUGAUGAUACAAAGAUUCUCGGCUCCUCCGUGAUGGCUAAGACGUCUAUGUUUGAGAAAUUGGAGCAAAUUCAGGCCAAUGUAUUGAAGAGAGUGGACAGCAAACUGGUGAAGAAGCCAGACAGGGAAGCAGAUAAAUUGCACCAUGAUUCCAUUGAGAAGCUAAAUAGUCUGAUUGAUGAGCUGGAUUUGCUGCAGAGGGGUGUUGUUGAAAUUCCAAAGAUCGCCAUUGAGCACGAGGUGGAGAGGAAGGAUGAGGUGAUCAUACAGCAGGAAUAUAUGCAGCAUAAUUGUGAGGUGGUCACGCUGCGGUAUAAGGAGCCAAAGGUCGAGGCGGUCGAUGGGGUGGAAACACGAAAUCGUGUAACGUCAUUCAAGCAAUCGCCACAGUCACCCACAACACCCACAACUGUCGAUCAAUGCGAUGGUGUCUUUCGCAAUACCAAUCGCCCAGCGAUAUCACCUCGUCCAGCUUCUCUCUCUGCAUCACGAUCGAGGAGAUCAUCGGUAAACAGUGCAAAACCACCACCACCCGUUCGACGGAGUUCCAGUGUCACACCGAGUCAACAGCUCAACAAAUUAGCAACACAAAAUCUCUCACAGCAGAAUCUAAUGAAUGUCUCUUCCGAAAGUCUUCCACCGCCACCAGCUUAUCUUCUUGACUCGGAAAAUAUCUCACAAUCAGCCGGAAGUGUGGCUGAAGCCAUAAAGGCACUGACUGAUUUGAAACACUUCCCAGCUAGUCCAGAGAUUUUGCGAAGGACUCAACAGAGUGUCAAUUCCACCAGCAAACCUAGGAUUUCCCCAUCACAACUGUAUGCUCAACCAAAAGUGAAUAAAGUCUCCAGUUUUCGUCAUCAGAGUCACAGUCCUACACCAUCAGGCGGGGACUUCCAUUCAUCGUCAUCCAGUGAGAAUGAUUCAAAUAAAUUCUACGGACGUCACAGUCAGAGUCCGUCGUCGCAGCAGCAGCAACUGUACUAUCGUCUAAGUGAUCACCAGAAGAGCAACAUGACGACAUAUGGUGGUCAGGAAGGUAAAGGCCCCAUCUAUUCGUCCAUUGGAUAUGAGAAUCAAAUGAUGAAUCAGAAAAUCUACAUUUCGACAAAUCCCUUCUUGGCACCAUCCACUUCACAUUCACAUUUCGAUGGGAAUUACUCUGUAGCACCAACAAACUACCUGUCGCAUCAUCACAACAAAAGACUGUCGGGGAAGGCUUUUGCUGUGCGGAAUAUAAUUAACAGCCAAACAUUGCCAGAUCCUCGCAUUUGCCACGCCACGCUAAUGGAUCAAAUAAAGCGGGGCGCUACGCUGAAACCCAAUAAGACUUGCAACGAUCGCAGUGCUCCGAAAAUCCACUAAAUUGGGGCGCUUUUUGUUCUUUUUUACAUUAAAAUUUAUACAUAUAUAAAAUAUUUCUCAAAAAAAAAACUUAACGCAACUACUUAAGCUGAAAAAAAAUAAUUAAUCCUUAACAAUUAAGUGUUUUAAUCGGAUGAAAUGUAUAACUUUCUCAAAAAAGAAAAAGAAAAGAGGAUGAGGAGAAUGAAACAUCAAACAUAUAUUUAUAUUGGACUGAUUUUUCCCAUUUUCACAUCAUAUUAAAAAAAAAACAAAAUAAUAUUUACAAUUAUAUACUAUUAUAUACAUAUUAUUAAGAAAAUAGGUAGAAGUGUAAGUUUUAGGAUAUUUUUUUUCUUGUGGGAAUGCUUUUUUUUUUCUAUAAAAUGCUAAUAUACAACAAAAGAAAAACAUUUAAAAUUAAAUUAUUUGUGGAAUUAAAUAAAUUAAAAAAAAAUGGGAAUAGGGAUGGGGGUUGAAUUUUAAUCUCAAUUAAACUUGUGUAGAAUUUUGUAAGAGAGAGAAAAAUUGGAUGAAGAGUGAAAAAAUAAUUUAUCGCUAUAUUUUAUAUUAUAUUGUACUUCUUCGUGUAGUAGGAUCGUAAGGAUGGAAGUAUUUAUCAAUAUAUACAAUUAUAAAUUAUUUACAGAGGCAUUUAUAAAUAAAAUUUGAGAAUUAUACGUAA